AGUAUGAUAUAUAUCUUUCUGUUGGCUGAUUCCCCUCCAAAGCCAAUUAUUCUAACAUGCCGUGGUUUGCUAAAGAGAGCGAGUACUGAAGCAAAAAGUGCGAAGUGAAGAACGAUAAGUCUACUAAAACAAUAAAAUGAAAGUCUACCAUACGGCAUUUAAGAUGAAAACUAUCAGCAUAAUAUUACUUCUUAUAAUGUUAAAUACCGUAAAAAGUACUGAUGCAGUAAAAAUUUUGACAAGGUCAGCACAAAUUCAUCCUGAUUGGCAAUUCGGGGACAAUCGAGUCACGUCUUUCGAAGACGGUCGACUUCUAUACACGAUGUGCGACAAUGGUGAUAACAACAAGACAUGCACGAUAAUUCAGGAAGACAUUCUGAGUGGAAAAACAAUAUAUACAUGUAAUAUUACGCUCGAACCGGAGCAAACAAAUGCUCGUCCUGGAAAAUUCUUUUCAAGAAGUUUUGGGGAUGAUAAAGCAAUCUUUGUUUGGGAGGAGAAAGGUGCCGAGACAUUCGUCAAAUUCAUUACCACAAAAUUGACUAGCUGUAAAAGUAAUGAAGUAAAAAUACACGACAAUAGUAAAAUGCAAUUGAUAGAACCUAUUGCUUAUCAGUUGUAUACAAGUCUCAAAAUCUCAGUAUACGAGGAAUACUACGAUGUAUUUUUUAAGGACACCAAACGUUGUGGAAAUAGAGAAUGUAAAAUUAGCAUUGAUGCUAAUGGUAACUUUAUUGAUGGAUUAACUACGUUCGUAACUACUACUCGUUAUCAAAUGAUCAUAGUACUACAACCAAUUGCAAAAAGAGCCACUGAUAUGGGAUACAUUUGUGUUAAAUUCAACUGGAAUAGGACAUAUUUCUCAUUUAUUCAACCAGACGGAAAAGAAAGAUCUUUAGGGCGAACUCACUAUGACAAUCAAAUCAUUGGUGUUACUGUGGAGCACGAAAUCGUUGGCAUUUGUAUGUUAGCAGAGCGAGAAUUUAAAAUUAACUGUUUGCAGUAUGAUCACGACGGCAAUAUCAAACUGGAAACCACCAUAACUCAAAUUUCUCCUCAGACCCACAUCAUCUCAGCACAUAUUUUACGACAAGGUGGCUUUCUUCUGUUGUUUUACCAGACAGAAAAAUGUCAACGUACCAGCGACUGUAUGGUUAUCUCACAUUACUGGAUUACCAAAAUCGAUAUUAAUGGAGAAAUUGUGAGCCAGCUUAAAUUCAAAGGAUUCACUUCAACGAGCAUAGUCCAACAUAUUGGGUUUGUAUAUGAAAAUCCAAAAGACGAAGGAUACUGCACUACAAUUGUCUACAGCGACUAUGAUCCAGUUAGCGGGAAAAAGAGAGCAAACAACCGUCAUGUAAUAACUAACUGUUUCUCGGAAGCCGAUUUUAUAGAGUAAUAUAUUCUAUAAUGCAUCAGUUUUUAAUUUACUUUAUUUUUAUAUUACGUUGCCAAAGUUGGAAACAAAUUUAAAAAUCAGUUGGGUUUUUCUAUAUCAUAAUUUUUAAUUUUAUUCAUACUCGUUAUAUUAAUUAUGAAGUUAAGCUCAUGAUUUCAUAUUAACUAUAAUAGGGCUUUUCGCUGUACUAUUCGACAACACAAUUAUUAUAUGUGAUUUAAUGUAAAGUAAAACGCUGUUCCAUGAAUUGAGUAAUGUCUAAUAAAGUUCACAUAGUCAAUAUCUAAUCGAAAAUUCUUAAGUCUUUCAAUAUAACUGAUAACGUUUCAUACCAUUCAUAUGAAAAUUGAAAAAUAUUUUACCCAAGGAUUUUUUUGGUAUUUCUAAUUAACAAGUUAUUUAUAUGAAUUGUCAAAAAUUGUGUUUUUCUAACAAACUAAUUGUAUUAAUUGAUUCUACGGGAGAAGUCACGACAAAACCAUUUUCAUCAAGCAUAGUCAAUAGUUCAUAGUAUAUUAGUCUGAAUCACACUGAUACGUGAAUCAAAGCACGUUGAAUGUAUUAAAUAUAUUGUCCACUCCUCCUUUCUCUCUAUCUUCAUUUUUUCUCUCCACGUUUUUAAAUUUCUGCAUUCUUUACAUCACUGCAUACACAUAUAUAUGACUAUACCUUGUGCAUAUAUGUUCAUAUACACAUCUUGUAAAUACAUAUCUAUAUUUACGUGUAUUCGUUUCAUUAAAAUAUUUUUAAUAUGAAACAACAUUAGUGAUAGAAAAAAACCAAAUACUUAGAUCGUUUCAAUAUCAAGCGUCUUUGCCAAAGAAAUUCAAAAAAUUUUUAUAUCCUAGUUUAAUUGAUGAAAAUAAUCUUUCAUAUGGCAAUAACGAUUUAAAUAAUGUGUAAUCGUUUGAUCCAAGUUUAAGUAGAAGCCAUUUAUUAAAUAAAAAUUCAAAUAAAUUUCAUUCAAUCGAUAUUAUUGGAUAUUCUGAUGAAGCGGCAAUUUAUCGCCGUUGUAACAUGCGAGUUUAAGACUUUCGAAUAUAAGUAUUGUACGUAUCUAUGUUAUAAUUAUAGUUUCUGAAUUUGUAUUUUCAAUAAAGUUUCUGUAAAUAUGGGCAGACCCGCUAACGAGGCGUUAAUAAGCGAUGUUUUACUCAUUGCCUCUAUCAAUAAGUUAAAACUAAACCUCUUACUCAAAUAAUGUCUUAAUGUAUUAACAAAAAUUGGUAAAAUAAUUUUAAAUGUCACAUAAAAUCAUUGUGAAAUAGAAACUACAAUUAUCACUUUGUUAUACCAGUUCGUCCUUUUAUUUUAAUGUUUAUCGAGUCCUUUUUGCAAAUAAAGAAUUUCAA